AGCGGAAACACGACGGAAACGUCGUGACUACACAUACACGGCUAUACUAGUUGGUGCUAGGAUAUAAGAGAAUGUUCUUAAUCGAAGAGUAGACUACGUGGGUGAAAGAUUCGACCCUGUUUCUGAAUGCUUUCGGCAUGGUAAUACGCAAUUUUGAUCGGUCCAAUAAAAGGAAACUCCUGGCUUCCAGGGCAGGCUGGCUGUUCUGUUGCCUUGGAGAUUACUGUAAAGGUCAUCACUGCUGUGACACAUCAGAGAGAUCUGAUUACACGGUGGUCCUUUUGGUCUCCAGUCCAGAGGCAUGGCUAUGAACCAUGGGAAAUAUUUAAAAUCUGACAGCCUGGUUGCCUACCUACCAUGUGAUUAGACUGGACUUAUGGAGCCUUGGGAAGAUUCUACUGUGGUCCUAAUGAAGCUGUAGAUCCGUUGUUCUUUCUCUGGAAUGGUGGCUCUCUAGGGGUCAGAGAGCCUACAGCUGGACUGUGGGGAUGGCCACGCCCCUGUACAGGCUGCGUGGCUUCCUGCGACGGGCUCAGAUUGUCUUCCUCUUCCUGGGGAUUGCCCACCUGAUGGCAGGGAGUAUCCUACUGCUGCAGCGCUCCGGCCUGACCCUCAAGGCAGCCCUGGUGCCAGGGGCUGCCGGCCGCCCUCCUCUCCCAGCACUGGCGGCGCCUCCCACAGCUUUGAGGGUCUCGGCCGGCCUGGGCAUGAGGGCACGCUCAAGAUGGGCGGCCAACCAGGGCGUGUCGGGCGGCGGAGGGAGCAUCAAGACGGGGCGAAGCUGGCCUGUGUCCCGGCGCCUGGGGAUCAAGCGUCCGCACCACGGCUGGUCCCACAGUCUCGUGCCAGACACACAGGAGAAGAGGGGCCCUCGCAAAAGCAACACAAGGCACAAAGGGACCUACAUUGGCUGCUUCAUGCAUGAUGCCAAUGAACGAGCCCUGGGGGGGACGGUGCUGUAUGACCAGCGCAAAAUGACCAGGUCUUUGUGUCAAGACACCUGUUCAGAAAGUGGGUACCGGUUUGCAGGUCUGGAGUACGGAGCAGACUGUCACUGUGGUAACCGCAUCAGCAGCCCGCGGGCCCAGGAGGAGGACUGUAGCCUGGUCUGUAGGGGUGAGAGGGGAGCCCAUUGUGGGGGUGUGGGCCGCCUCUCCAUCUACCAGGUGGAAGAACAGCUUCCAGGACAAAGGAAAUUCAGAAACGUCCGCUACAGUGGCUGCUUCAAGGUGCUGAAGAACACCACCAACAUCUUCCCCUAUUACUCCCUCCAGCCAAACUCCACAUCGCAGUCCUGCAUUGAGACCUGCACAGAUAAGGAGCUCCCGCUGGCCGUGUUGCGACGGCCACACUGUUACUGUGCACGGGCCUCGUCCCUGUUUAGACUGAACCAACGCCUGCCACCAGGCCAGCCAUGUCUGCAGACCAAUGGCACAGUGUACACAGGCGCCUCCAUCUCCACAACCCUGUCGGAUCAGUACUACUACAGGGUUUACCAGACACCUGUGCUUGAUUCCAGGUGCAAAGAAAGAACAUUUCUGCCCGAGAAGUCCCCUUGUCUUGUGGCUCUCUCAAGUUUCCCCGGAGCUGGCAAUACCUGGGUACGCCACCUGAUUGAAUUAGUGACAGGAUACUAUACUGGCAGCUUCUACUUUGAUGGCACGCUUUAUAACAGAGGUUUUAAAGGGGAGAAAGACUACUGGAGGAGUGGACGCAGCAUCUGUGUGAAGACCCAUGAGAGUGGGAAGAGAGAGAUGGAAAUGUUUGACUCCGCCAUCCUGCUGAUACGUAACCCAUACCACUCCCUCAUGGCAGAGUUCAACAGGAAGUGUGCUGGACACCUGGGCUAUGCCACAGACGCGCAGUGGAGGAGCAAAGAGUGGCCAGAAUUUGUUGACAGCUACGCCCCCUGGUGGGCGUCCCAUGCACUGAGCUGGUUGCAUUUCGGCCGUCGCCUGCUUGUGGUGCACUACGAGGACCUGCAAAGAGCACUCUUCCCCCAGCUCCGCCUACUUACCUCCUUCCUCAAUGCCAGUGUGACGGAGGAAAGGCUGAUGUGUGCUGAGAGCAACCAGGACGGCUACUUCAAACGCUCAGGCGGGGCCCAGCGGCCUUCCUUUGACCCUUUUACAGCAGAGAUGAGGAGAACCAUUGACUCAUACAUUCACACAGUGGACAAGGCCCUGAAGGACAAUAACUACAGUGGCCUGCCGCACAAUUACAUGCCUAGAUGAUCUUUGUAAGCUGAUCCUCUCUAGAGCAAAGAAAGGACACAGAAACAAAUGAAGGGGGAGGGGGAAGGUGUAAUCCCCUGCGACCACUUGAAAGAUAUUAGACCAGUCAAGGCAGGUAGCUCAUCUUUAUUUGAUCAGCCCCGUUGUUGUGUUUUCGUUACGUGAAACUGACUCAAACUAUGACAGGUGAGAGGAUUUUUAGAUUUUCAGAAGAAUGGCUCAGAGAGAAAGUACCUGUAUGAACACACCUAUGAGCAAUUUUUUGAAAAGUCUGAGAUGUUCAUUGCACUGUUCAUGACUGCAGAGGAUUUUGGAGAUCCAUCUCAAUGUUAGUGAGAACAAUCAGUGUCGCUAAGACAAAACCAUGACUGAGCAUUACAGACUCUGAUGAAAAGCCUUAUGGACAGAUUCUCUACUGGGAGUAAAAAGGCUCAUCCACUCUUGUGAUUUGUCAUUGGGAGUAUGGUGCAAGAGCCUGCCUGCACAAACAGUUCAAGCAUGUCUUGUGGACUGAGGCCUUUAACUUCUAUUGUAAUCUCUAGGUACUUAUGUACUUUAAUUACGUUUUUACUGGCAGAGGUUAAAGAGAUAACAAGACAUUACUGGUUACAUUGUGACUUGCAGACAGAUUUUAAGUUGGUCGUUGGAGCAGUUUGUAAGUGCCUUCCAUUCAAACUAAAUCAAAGUGACAUUGUACUGGGUGAACAGGCUUUUUGUAACACCAUGUACCAAAUGUUGUACAAAUUGAGGUUGUGAAUCUUUGUCAGAGUUUUGUAAUGUUUAUAAGAGGAGGGUGUUUAUCUUGACAAUAGGACACUUUAAUGCAAGAGGUACCCAAACUAUAAUUAAGAAUUGCAUGCCUUAUGUUUUCUGUUAGUGCAAACAAGUCAACACAUUAGAAAAGUUAUGGAGAGUAAUCUUUUAGAAGAUAAACAAACACACAAACAAACAGUUGGUCAUAAUUGUCAUUCUAAUGGGUUGUUCAAUGCAAACAGACAGGAGUAGUGAAUCUGUGUAGGUAUAAUAGUGAAUAAGUGAUGAAACAUAAGAAACACAAAAAAGAAAAGUAAUGCAUUUCCAUAGUGAUGUCACCUCUAAGCUUGGGAAGAACUCCAUAAAAAAUCCUCAUCUAUACCAUCAAACCAUCUUUCCGUGAAACGUUGUUGGUAGGAGGCAGGAAACAGGUGCAGGGAGAACAGAGGACUUCACAUAAUAAGUUCUAAGUGGAAACCAAACUAAAAAAAGACAUCAAUCAAUGAAUCAACUGCAUUCAUUAUAUCAAGCCCUUUUUACAUCAGCAGUUGUCACAAAGUGCUUUUACA